CAGCUGCUCAUGGGUUAAAAAUAAAAAUAGUCGCAAUGGAUCAGCCAGAUGAUCAUUUUCGCUAUAUACACAGUUCCUCCCUACACGAACGUGUCCAAAUUAAAGUUGGCACGCUCGAAGGCAAGAAACGGCAGCCUGACUACGAAAAAUUGCUCGAUGAUCCCAUACUUCGUUUCUCGGGCCUCUAUUCCGAGGAAUAUCCCUCGUUCCAAGUGCGACUACAGGUUUACAAUGACGGGCACCCAUAUUGCCUACCCGUGCACAAUUCAUACAAGGCCUUCGGCAAACGCUGGAGCUGGAAUGAAUGGGUGACAUUACCAUUGCUAUUCUCCGAUUUACCACGGAGUGCAAUGCUGGUGCUGACCAUACUGGACUGCUCAGGAGCUGGCCAGACUACAGUUAUAGGCGGCACGGCAAUUUCAAUGUUUGGCAAGGACGGCAUGUUUCGUCAGGGCAUGUAUGAUCUACGUGUUUGGCUGGGCGUUGAAGGUGAUGGCAGCUUUCCGAGCAAAACCCCUGGCAAGGGCAAGGAGUCCUCUAAAUCACAGAUGCAACGACUUGGCAAAUUGGCCAAAAAGCAUCGCAACGGACAGGUACAGAAGGUCGACUGGCUGGAUCGUUUGACAUUCCGUGAAAUCGAGGUGAUUAACGAGCGCGAAAAGCGCAUGUCCGACUAUAUGUUUCUCAUGAUUGAGUUUCCCACAAUUAUCGUGGAUGAUAUGUACAACUAUUCAGUUGUCUACUUUGAGCCAGAAGUGGACAACAAGUAUAAAUUGCCAACCAAACCUAAGUUAGUUCUGGUCCCAGAUUCGGAAAUUCAAAUGGAAAAUUUAGUGGAGCGCAAACAUCAUCGCUUGGCACGUUCGGAACGCUCUGGUAUUUCAGAUCGCGAUGCCAAGCCGACUGCAAUCAUUCGGGAUCAAUUGCACAAAAUAGUUUGUUAUCCACCAACUUAUAUGCUCAACAGCGAGGAGCAGGAUUUGGUUUGGAAGUUCCGUUUCUACUUGUCGACGCAUAAAAAGGCGCUGACGAAGUUUUUAAAGUGCAUCAAUUGGAAACUAAAUGAUGAGGUGACCCAAGCUCUCUGGAUGCUCGCCAAUUGGGCGCCCAUGGAUGUGGAGGAUGCGCUGGAGCUGCUCAGUCCAACCUUUACACAUCCGGAGGUGCGCAAGUACGCGAUAAGCCGUUUGGCCCAGGCGCCCGACGAGGAUCUCUUACUCUAUUUGCUGCAGCUCGUGCAGGCGCUCAAAUAUGAGGAUUUGCGCAAUAUAAUACAGCUGCACAAGUUUAUAAUACCAGAGCCGGAGCGUGACGCGGUCUGUUCAUUGCUAGACGAGAGCGACUCCCUGCUAGACCAGAGCAGCAUAUCCGAUUUGAGUGCAGCUAGCAGCGCUAUGCAUGCUUCCGUCAUACCCGCCAAUCAGCGUGCUGCCCUCACAGCUCUUAAGGUCGAAAAAUCCACGAUGGCGAGCAGUGCCAGUCCGGCGAUCAGGGCCAGCACGCCAGCACUUAGAAUGGACCGCGCUGACGGUGCCGAUGCAAGCGCCGCCUCGCUGGCCUCCCAGUCCAACUCUAAUAUAACGCUUCUGGGUCAAGGCGUCGCAGUCAAUCUGUGCACAUUCCUAAUACAGCGCGCCUGCAAGAAUGCCACGCUGGCCAACUAUUUGUACUGGUAUCUGUCUAUCGAGGUGGAGGAUGUUGAAUCGGUGCGUAAACAGGACCAGCGAGCGCACGACAUGUACGCCAUGGUCCUGAACAUAUUCCUCAAGGUGCUCGAUAACGGCAACUUUCAUUUGCGCGGCAUUUCCCACAACCUGCGCAAGCAGCAGUGCUUCAUUGACGAGCUGGUCAAGUUGGUGAAACUGGUGGCCAAGGAGCCAGGCAAUCGCAACAAGAAAACGGAAAAGUUUCAAAAGCUACUCGCCGAGCAGGUCAUGUUCAAGGUGAACUUUACCAAUUUUGAGCCAAUACCAUUCCCACUAGACCCGGAGAUCUAUAUAACCAAAAUAAUACCUCCGCGCACUUCGCUAUUCAAGAGUGCCCUCAUGCCAGCCAAGCUCACCUUUGUUACAUCCAUUGCCAAGCACGAGUAUGUGGCUAUUUUUAAGCAUGGCGAUGACCUGCGUCAGGAUCAGCUCAUACUUCAAAUGAUAACAUUGAUGGACAAGCUGCUGCGACGGGAGAAUCUUGAUCUCAAACUGACGCCAUAUAAAGUGCUGGCGACCAGCUCCAAGCAUGGUUUCCUCCAGUACAUCGACUCGUGCACCGUGGCCGAGGUGCUGGCCAGGGAGGGCAACAUACUUAGCUUUUUCAAGCGCCACAAUCCCUGCGACAGCGGCCCCUUCGGCAUAUCCUCCGAGGUCAUGGACACAUACAUUAAGAGCUGUGCCGGCUACUGUGUCAUCACGUAUUUACUGGGCGUGGGUGAUCGGCACUUGGACAAUCUGCUGCUAACCAGCAAUGGCAAACUGUUCCACAUAGAUUUUGGUUAUAUCCUAGGGCGCGAUCCGAAACCUAUGCCACCACCCAUGAAGCUAAGCAAAGAAAUGGUCGAAGCAAUGGGCGGAGUCAGCUCUGACUUCUACCAUGAAUUCCGCAAGCAGUGCUAUACAGCGUAUUUGCAUCUGCGCCGGCAUGCCAAUGUGAUGCUCAAUCUGUUCUCGCUCAUGGUGGAUGCUACAGUGCCCGAUAUUGCCCUGGAGCCGGACAAGGCGGUCAAGAAAGUAGAGGAGAACUUACAGCUGGGCCUGUCCGACGAGGAGGCGGUUCAGCACUUGCAGAGCCUGCUGGACAUAUCCAUAACAGCUGUGAUGCCCGCUCUGGUCGAGCAGAUUCAUCGGAUAACGCAAUACUGGCGGAAGUAAAUCUUUAAAAAUCCAGCACCCUAAUAAUAUAACUUGUUUUUAAGUAUAUUUUAGCACAGUAAGUAAUCGC